AUGGCCCUGAGGAGCAGAGCAAUGGUCUCUGCAGCAGAGACCCUGAACGGUUCGUCAUCCGCCGGCCUGACUGAGGAGCAGAAGGAAUUCCAAAAAGUUGCCUUUGAUUUUGCUACCAAGGAGAUGGCUCCUCACAUGGCUGAGUGGGAUGAAAAGGAAAUAUUCCCCGUGGAAACAAUGCGGAAGGCAGCCCAGCUAGGAUUCGGUGGGAUCUACGUGAAACCAGAUGUCGGUGGCUCUGGAUUGUCGCGACUUGAUACCUCCAUAAUCUUUGAAGCUUUAUCAACGGGGUGUACCAGCACCACUGCUUAUAUGAGCAUCCACAACAUGUGUGUUUGGAUGAUCGACACCUUUGGCAAUGAGGAACAGAGGCACAGGUUCUGCCCAUCGCUCUGUAGCAUGGAAAAAUUUGCUUCUUACUGCCUGACUGAGCCAGGAAGUGGAAGUGAUGCAGCUUCCCUGCUGACUUCAGCUCAGCGGAAAGGGGACACCUACGUCCUGAAUGGCUCCAAGGCCUUCAUCAGCGGGGGAGGCGACACCGAUGUGUACGUGGUCAUGUGUCGCACAGGAGGCCCGGGCCCCAAGGGCAUCUCCUGCCUGGUGCUGGAGAAGGGGACACCCGGGCUCAGCUUUGGCAAGAAAGAGAAGAAGGUGGGCUGGAACUCCCAGCCAACUCGGGCUGUGAUCUUCGAGGACUGCGUUGUUCCUGUUGGCAGCCGGCUGGGAGCUGAAGGGCAGGGCUUCAGCAUUGCCAUGAAGGGACUGAAUGGAGGCAGGAUAAAUAUUGCUUCUUGUUCGUUAGGAGCUGCUCAUGCCUCUGUUCUUCUGGCUCAGGAACAUCUCACUGUCCGCAAACAGUUUGGAGAACCCCUAGCAAACAAUCAGUACCUGCAGUUCAGGCUGGCGGGGAUGGGGACGCGGCUGGUGGCAGCACGGCUCAUGGUUCGCAAUGCAGCGCGGGCACUGCAGGAGGGACGGGAGGACGCGGCUGUGCUGUGCUCCAUGGCCAAGCUCUUCGCUACUGAUGAAUGCUUUGCGAUCUGUAACCAGGCUCUACAGAUGCACGGGGGCUACGGCUACCUGAAGGAUUAUGCUGUGCAGCAGUUUGUGCGAGACAUCAGAGUCCACCAGAUCCUGGAAGGUACCAAUGAAGUGAUGCGGAUGAUUGUGGCCAGGAAUCUGCUACAGGGCUGA